GCCACCCCUCCCGUCUGCGCGGCGGAGAGCAGCAGCAGCAGCAGCAGCAGCGGCGGCGCAGGAGGAGGAGGAGGAAGGGGAGCAGCCAUGUCGCUAUUGUCUGCCAUCCUCCCGGUCUUCAGGGUCUAUUGCAUGGCCGUGGCCGUGGUCCUGUCGCAGCUCUACCGGCGCUACCGCCACGGCUUCUCCCUGCCAGCUUUUUCUUCACAACAUGGAAGUGUUGCUAUAGUGACUGGAGGGCUCUCUGGAAUUGGCUUUUCUACUGCAAAGCAUUUGGCAAAACUUGGCAUGUAUGUCAUAAUAGCUGGAAAUAAUGAGAGACAAGGUCAAGAGGCUGUAAAACAAAUAAAGGAAGAAACUUUGACCUCCAAAGUGGAAUUUUUAUUCUGUGACCUGGCUUCCAUGAAGUCCAUUCGACAGUUUGUUGAGGAAUUCAAGAAAAAGAAUUAUCCUCUUCAUGUGCUAAUCAACAAUGCUGGAGUUAUGAUGAUUCCUCAGAGAAAGACCGUAGAUGGAUUUGAAGAACAUUUUGGCGUGAACUACUUGGGACACUUCUUAUUGACAAAUCUCCUCUUGGAUAUUCUCAAGAAGACAGGCUCUCCUAACCACAAUGCAAGAGUUGUAACAGUGUCCUCAGGCACUCAUUAUGUAGGAGAACUGAACAUGGAUGAUUUACAAAGCAGGCAUUGUUACUCACCUUGUGGAGCCUAUGCCCAAAGCAAGCUUGCCCUGGUACUUUUUUCCUAUCAAUUACAACAGCUUCUGGCAGCUGAAGGGAGUCAUGUGACUGCCAACGUAGUAGACCCUGGAGUGGUGAACACUGACCUCUACAAGCAUGUGUUUUGGCUUACAAAAUUGGUGAAGAGUCUUUUUUACUGGUGUUUGUUCAAGACUCCAGAUGAAGGGGCAAUCACCUCCAUCUAUGCAGCGGUUGCACCAGAGCUAGAAGGAGUUGGUGGCUGUUACCUUUAUCAUGAGAAAAUUAUUAAAUCUUCUGAUGUAACCUAUGAUGAGGACCUACAGAGGAAGCUCUGGGCAGAAAGUUGCAAGAUGGUUGGCAUACCUAAUGUGAUCAACAAAGUCAUCCCAACCUAAUUGCCUCCUAUUUGAAAUCUAGUGAAUCUCCAUGAGUCUCAUGAAUCUUAAACAUGAUGUUUAAUGCUAAGCCUGUAAAAUUGUAUUUUUCAUAUGGAUCUUGUGGCUUUUGCCUAAAAAGUAAUGAGUGCCGAUCUGUCAAUAAUUCCCUUGAUUUCUUCAGUUUUCAGUGGAUCUAUAAUUUUGUCAAUGUGGCUACAAUCAGUCCAUCCCUGCUUGCCCAUCCUGUGCAAUUCUUGUCAAUGUUCUACAGUAAAUCUGCAAAUCUACCAAGGGGGUCCAGGGUUAAGGGAGGGAGGGAAACAAUCCAUCCAAUGUGCUAGGUGCCUUCCUCUAGUUCUCUUGCCAAUGCACGAAAACCAGAGUGGGAGAAAGAAUUCUCACACAGAACUGGGUAGAUUCUGAUACCCAAGCCAAUAAUCUGUUUUGUAUUUAUAAUGUUUCAAAUUGUGAUUAAAUGAUCUGUGAUUAACAAAUAUCUGA